GCGCUGGAGCAGGAGCUGCGGGCGGCAGUGGCGGCCGAAGAGAGGUGGGAGAGGGAGAACGAGGCCAAGCUGCGGGCCGUGCACCAGCGCGUCCCCUCCUACGAGGAGUUCAGGAACAUUGUGCUGGCAUCACACCUGAAGCCCCUAGAGAAAAAGGACAAGAUGGGUAAGAGGAGGAACGCGCUGUGGAAUCCCUGUGCAGCCCAUGCCAAGGCCCCGCAAGCCAGCGACAUGGAAAUACCCCUGGAACUGGAUCAACUGCCCAGAACCUCUGCUGAAUUUUACAGAGAUUGGCGCCGAUGUUUAAAAAGCAGAAAAGAAAAAUACCAGUUUUUGCUUGAACUCGGAGGGAAGGCCUUGGGCAGAAUCUUUCAGGCUGACUUGGGCUUUGGCCUCCUGGGUGAAUUCCUUACGGUGCUGGCAGAGAAUGUCUGUCAUGAAGACAGAGAUGCCAUCCUUCAGAUCUUACAGAGCCUUUCAGGCACCAAGCGCUUCGGGUUAAAUGUGGAUCUUCUGAGUGAGUCAGAGAAGGAGAGCAGCAGGGAUUUGUUUAAGAAGCUGCAGAGCCUGAGCAGGGAUUAUUGGACCACUGGCCAUCCCGGUGGCCCAGCCGACUGCGAAGCAGAGAGGGAAGCCCAUGUCACAGACACCAGCUUGCAAAAGGAAGCCAAGGAAAGGAUAGUGAUGGAGCUGAUGAAAUGUUACCAGGUCAACUGA